AUGAUAAUAAAGGAAUUUACAAGCCAACCUUCAAAAUAUAUCCAUUUUGGCCUAUAAAUUUUAAAUGACUUGUUAAUACUGAAAUGUGGUUUAUUGAUUUUUACAAAUGGAUAAAAGCCAGAAAAUUCUUUUGAAAUAUUUCUUUUAUAUCUAGUUAGACCAUAUGCUUAUUUUAUAAGAUCAAAUUUAUAGGUUGAAUACAUUCUCUUUACUUUUGUGACAAUGUAAAUUUUUAUAUUAUAUUGGUUUUAUCUUAUGAAUAUACAAAAAAAUGACAAAAAGACAACAUCAUAUAUAGAUCAAAUUAGUAAAUACGAAUCACGUUCAACAUUAUAUUUUUUAAUGAUUAAAAUUUGGAAAACCCUAUUCUUAUUUUUAACAGAAUUUUUAGGAUAUUUAUUAAUCGAAGGGUAUUUUUUAAUCUUAUUUGAUAAAAUUUAAGAUAAUUUAUUUUGCAUCAUCAGCUCCGUCAUAAUUAUAUUUGAAAUCUUAAUAAUAAUAAUACUAUAAGAAAUAUUCUGGAAUUAAAGUCUUCAUUAUAUCCCAAAAUAACUGAACCAAAUAAAUUAACCAACCAUCUCCAUUUUAUAUACUAAAUUAUUGAAAAUUAUUACACUUUGUCUUUUUGCUAGUUAAAUAAGUUAUAAAUCUGUAAUAGUGUUAGGGAUAUCGAUCUUAAAUAGUAUUUAUGAAUUGUACAUCCUAUUAAUACUAAAAAUUAAACAUGAUUUAAUAAUCAUAAGCUUAGAUGUAUUAAUGUAAUGUUUAAUAAUUUGUGUUUCUAUUUAAUAAUUAAUAAUCAAUGCAAGUAGUUUCGGAUUAUAAUUCUUGUGGAUUAUUGUUGGAAUUUUACUUUACAAAUUAAUUUCUUUAUACUACAUGAAUAAUUCUAUUUUACAGAUUUAAGUAGUUUAAUUGAAUGAUAAUAAAAUUGAUUAUAAAUUGUUGGAUGGAAAGUAGAAACUAUUCAAAUAUUAAAAGUUAAUUUAAGAAAGAGGUUCUGAAUAUAGAUUAGCUAAUAAAAUUUUGGUAAUAUAGCAUCAACAAAAAUGUAGUAAGUAAUAUUGCUUUUGCAGAAAUGACGAGAUGAUCAUGAUAAAAUUGGAGCAUCUAAUCCUUAAAGAAUAAAUUGAUGUUUUUAAAACCUUUAUCAAAUAAUCUCAUGUAUAAUCAUCAUUAUUUUACUUGUAAUUUAUAUAAUUGCUUAUUUAUAAUAAUCGAUUAUUUGAAGCUUUGAACAUUACUUAGAAAUUACUUAACUCUUUUAAUAGAAAAUCAUAAUUUAUGAAAUAAGUACAAUUAAUAAAAGGUUAAGUUUCAAUUACUCACAAAAUGCUUUUUAGACUACUUUAACAUCAAAUUUUCAUGUCAAUCAGAUGUUCUAUUUAAAGUAAAUCAUCUAGCGCUACAAAAUUAUAAGUUAUCAAAUAAGCAAUUAGAUAAUUUCAAUAAAAGUUUGAUUCUGAGAAAACUAUUCAAAAUAAAUUCAAUAACAUUAUGAAAUAUAAAAUUGAUUUCUUGGAUGAAUUAUCAAAUACACCAAAUUUAGAGGAUGAAUUCAUAAAUUAUUAGGCUUUCAAAAUAAUCUAAGAAAUGGAUUAAUUUAAAGAACUGUUAAUGUACAAUUUUUAGUAAAUGCCAAGUAUAUUUAAAUAAUAUAAUUAGCUUCCAAUAAUAAGAGUUUAUUAUUGUUCUUUCAAAUAGAAAUACUAAAUGAUCUAAUCAAUUCUCAAACAAUUAAUACAAUGAAUACUCAUUUAGAAGAUUAAGAAUAGAUAAUCUUUUCUAAUAAUGUUUAUUAAGAAUUAGUAAAUUAAUAUUAAUUCGCAUCAUUUAUUUUAAAAGAUGAGGACAAUAUUGAAUUUGUAUCAAACAAUGAAAAAAAAUAAUUGAAAAUUGGAUAGCGAAAAUAUAUUGCUUUUGAAGAGAUGGUUCCAUAAUCAUUGAUCUCACUUCAUAAAUACUUGAUAAAAGAUUUUUUUUAAACAGGUAAGAAUAAAUAUUAUUUAAACAUUAAUUAAUCCUUUUUAUAAGUAUCUGCAGGAAUCAUAAGUCCAAUUGAAAUGUGUAUGGACAUAUCUUUUGAUCUAAAAAUGAACUAGUUAUUAGUAACAAUAUUUCUAAAGCAAUUAAGCAGUGACAAUUAAGUCCAUUACAUUAUUUUAGAUUCUCAAUUUAAGAUAAGAGAAAUAUCAUAAAUUCUUUAUGAAAAUAUCUUAGAUUAUCCAGCAAAUACUAAGAUGCUUCUAAAUGAUAUUUCAGUAUUUAUUUUUAUUCCAGAAUUAAAAGAAAAAGACUUUAUUUAGGAUAGGACUUUGGGAAUGUAUAAACUCUUUUUUCCAUUAAAUAUUAAUAAAUAAGCUUCACCUAAUUUAAAAACAUAUAAAAAAUCUUAAGAUUUUUUUAAAGGUUUAAUAAGUGUAAAAGUUAGGUUUAUUAAUAAAAAGAAUCUCUACUACAUUAUUGAGAUAAGUGAUUUGAAAUCAGAGAAACCAUAAUUAUUAGAAUCUAUAUCAAUACCUUAAGGAGAGAUUGACGAAAAAGAAAUAAUUAAUGUUCCUUUGGAAAUUAAUUUAUGGAAUGAAAUAACAAGCUUGAAUUAAAUUAAUUAGUAAUAAUAUACAUCUCAUCUUGAUUCAUAAAGACCUUUAUUAGUUAAAAGUUUAAGUGAUGGACUAGAAUUAAAAAUUGAAAAUAACCAUAAGCUCGUUAAUAACAGCAAGACAUCUAAGAAAUUAAAGAACUCGAUAGCCUCAGUAUAAAACUAAUAUUCUGAAAAGGCCUAAUAAUAGUUUGAUGAUGUGGGUUCAUAAGUUUCCUCAGUAGCUGCAGUUAGAAGAUCUCUUUAUUUUAAAUAAUUUAAAAUAAUCAACGAAUUGAUAUACUCAAAAAUCUUCCCCAAUAAUAUCAAACUAUUUAAUAUCACUUUCUUCAUUUAUAUUCUUGUAGGAAUAAUAAAUAUGAUAAUUCUUAUUGAAUAAGUUUAAAAUUUAUAGAAAUAUCAGGAUCUUAUGGUAUUAUUGAGUAUUAAAUAUGAUAUUUAUGAACCAAUAGAAUCAUUUUUAAAUACAAGAUACACAAUAGUUGGACUCAACUAAGCUAUUUCUACAAAAAUGAUAACACAAUAGGAAUAUAAUUAAUUGGUAGCAUUUCCUAAUUCAAAUUUGGUUAAAGGAUAUGAUGAUUUAAAAUCUAAUAUUAUGGAUGUUAUCUAAAGAAAAGAAUUUUAAUCUUUUUUGAAAGACUAUUAUAGGCAUACUAAUCUUUUUUCCUACAAUUUGUGAAAAAUAAUAUUUUUAAUCUCUAUACUUUGAAAGUUAUUGGUAUACAUCAACAAACAAAGGAAGCUAAAGAAAUACAACUUUUAGGAGUGGAAUUCUAGCUAUGCUAAACUAUCAAUAUGAAUAUAAAUUAGCUUUUACAAUUCGACCAUUAGUAAUAGAUAGUGCUUAUUCUUACUAUUCCUACAAAAAUUACCUUUCAAUUUUUUCAAUUUUUACUUAGUUAAGUAAUGAUAUUUUAGAUUUGUUAAUAAAUUCAUUAACUAAUUAACAAUUUGAGCUUAUUGUUAUCAAUGCUACCUUUAAUUGCUUACUUACCAUUAUUUCAAUUGGUUAUUUCUACUAUUUAGUAAAAUAACGACGAUUGAAAAAUAAAAUUUUAAGUUUACUCCCUUAACAAGAUAAAGAUAUUAUGCUAUAUGAAAUUUAAAGACUUAAACUAUUAUAAAGUCACAUUAAUAGCAAUUAUAACUAUUUAUGUCAAUACACAUUAGAAAUCUAAUAAUUCGAUGAAAAUUUAAAAAAACAAGAAGAAGAAUUCUAUAAAUUAGUCAAUAGAAAAGGCAAAAAAACAAGUGGCUUAAAAAGAAAAAGAUAAGUCACUAUUUAUAAUUUUAUUUAAGUAGGAAUCUUUUUAUUUAGCUUUAUCGUAAUUCUAUUAAUAAAUCUCUUGACCAUUAAUUCACUUGAUUAAUAUCUAUUUAAAUAAAAAAACACAGGCCAAAUAUAUUCAUCCCUGUCCAAUACAGGAGUUAAUAUUCUCAUCAUUUAUGCUUAAAGGGAAAUUUUAUAUAGAAUUGUGGCUUUUGCAUUUUUGACAUCCCAAGAUAUUUAAGGAAUCUAAGAUUAAGUUGAUAAUAGUUUAAUAUAGAUUUAAAAUUUUAGCACUUAAUUUCUAUAAGUCAAUUAAAAUGAUUAUCUUUUAGAUGAUAAUUCUAUGAAUUUAUUCACUGAUAUAAGCACACAAUCCUUAUGUAAUUUUUUGCCUGAAGUAAAUAAAAUAAUUAUCAUCUAUAGAAAUAUGCAAAUGUUUCAUAAUCCUUAUGUCCAUUUGUUUUAUAAGGAAUCUUAAAUAAAGGCUUAAUACCGACAUUGAAUUUAAUGUAUACUUCAGUUUAUGCUGAAAAAUAAGUUAAUAAUUUCACAUCCAGACCACCGACUCAAGUACCAUUAAGAGAAUUAGAAGGGGCUACCUUCACAUCUUGGGUUAUUAAAGAAUUAGUAAAAGAUUUAGCUCAAAACUUAAAUAACUACUCUAGUUAAUUACAAAUGACUUUUACUGUAAUCAAUUUAAUCAAUAAUUUAGAUUAUUUAUGCAUUUUGUAUUGCGUAUUAAUUGUUAUUUGGUUUAAUUAUAGUUAUAAAAAUAAGCAACUAUGAAAUGAUAUAAAUAAGCCAUCUAAGAAAAGUAGUUUAUUUAUUACCUCAAUCAAUAUUGUUAUUUGAUGAUUCAUUUUAGCGUCAAAUUAAGAUUAUCAUGAAAUAAGAAGAUUUGACAUGA